GUCCGCGAUCGUUAUGGAUUCGUCAUUCUCUCCUUCUUACCACCACAGAAUAUUCAAGUUACAGCUGCAGAAAUGACAGAACUAGUCAUUCGAGAGGUUGCCAAAGAUGUCUGGAUCUUUUCCAAGCCUUUUUCUCGCAUAGGCAUGCCAUUUGGCGGCCGUUCGACUGCUAUCAAACUGCAGAACGGCGGCGUUUGGGUCUUAGCUUCCACACCUUUGGACGACGCGACCAAGACUAAGCUGAGUGAACUAGGACCGGUUCAGCGAGUUUCCAUGUACAUCAUCGGUGCGGACGCUGUCCACCACCUAUUCUUGACUGAAUUCAAAACCGCUUAUCCGCAUGCCAAAUUGAUCGCGCCUCAAGAUGCUAUCAAGAGGCACAAUAACAAGGAACUCAAAUUUGACGGUGCUUGGGGACUGGAUGCUUCGGACACGAAAUACGGAUUCGAAGAUGAGAUUAAACACUGUUAUUUCUCAGGAUUUAUCAAUAAAGAUGUCGCUUUCCUUCAUGAAGCCUCGAAAAGUAUGAUUCAAGCUGACUUACUCCUCAACCUUCCUGGGACGGAACAGUAUUCCAAAAGCAGUGCUUCCGGAAAGGUCCCAAUCAUCGGAUCCUUAGGUCCUCAAUCCUGGUUGCAUCCGAGAUUUACUUGGAGUAUGGGUAUAGAUAAGGAGGCCAUGAAAACCGCUGCGAAAACUGUUGAUGGAUGGGACUUUCAGAGGAUCAUCCCAUGUCAUGGGGAUGUCAUAGAAAAGGACGCUAAGCAAGCGUGGAAAGAUGCUUAUACAUUCUUCCUGGACUAACCGUGGUCGAUAAAGUGUUGUACAAUAGAGUACCCUAGUCUCAUUACCAUCCUGUACAUCAAGCAAACUGUCGAUAAGUAUGUAGUCUCGUCUUUCCCAUUUUAACUUUCGCAGGCUCUACAGUUUUCGCUCGGAACAUUAUGAUCGAAUUUCGUGUGGCAUGCACAGAACAGUAGUUCAACGUUCGACGCUAUGGUUUUACAGGCAGGUAUCAAAAACUUUGUGAUAGACGAGAAUUGGGCAGGAAUGAAGCCGUGGGCAACCAAGUAGAUAGAACAAAUAAUUAUUAUCUGCAUUCUACACUAUUUCCAAGGCCUUAUAGGCUCUCAUAUGAGUCCGGAGAGCGUUCAACACUCCUAGAGGGUUCGUACGAGCCACGCAAAACUUCGCUCACACCCUUUUUAGGCGAACUCCCGCUACCCUGGUAGUGGGUCUCUGGAGAACGCUAAUGGCAUGUCUCGGUAGAUCGUGUUUCCCCCUAAAC